CCAAAAGCUCCUCGCAGCUCUGGCGCCAUCGUGCUUUAUAACAGCGUCCGUUCGCAGCCUACAGGCUGUCUUCUGGGCCCCACUUGCCGGCAGAACCGCUUGCUGCAUCGCUGCGGACAGUUCGACCAGCCUAAAAAGAGGCUGCAGGCCAAGCCAGCCUGAGCCCUGCAUGCGGCGUCUGCUUCCCGUCGCAUUGAUGUCGCGCCACGUGAGUAGCAGCGCGAGGAUCACGGGACGCAUCAAUGAGAAAAUAAGGACGGGCCACCCGGCGGCAGAGCUCGCAUUUCUCCAGCACGCGUUGUGGGGCCUCGACCACUACCCGGACUACCUGCGACGGUGGCAAGAUAAAGACGUAGAAACCUUGGAGAGCGCGCUCGAAGCCGUGCUAGCGAAAGUUCGUGCGCAGCGGUUGGACGCGCGGCGGGAGUGCGACGCCAUGGCCGCGAAGCACCCGGAAGCCCUGGACGCGCUGCGCGACGCCGCGACCUGGCGCGUCGACGACGUCGUGAGCCCGAGGGUGGCCAAGGCACUGGGCUGGGCGCCGGGGGCCGGCAUCGCAGACGCGUUGCGGCAACCGCCGAAGACCAACGGCUUCUGGGGCCUAUUGUCCGAGCCAGAGGACGACGUCUAUUCCCUGGACCUGUUCCGACCCGAUUUUUGUGCGGCGAUCAUCGCGGCGUCGGACGCGGCGGCGGAAGACGAUGGCCACCCCCGACCGCGGGCGAACCUCGACGUGCUGGGCGUCGGCUGGCUCGCGGACCUGCUCCUGAUCGUCGCCGAGCAGGUCGCGGCGGCGGCGUGGCCCAGGGAGACGCUCGUCGACGCGGCCGGCGCGCGGGCACCCCUCGACUGGAGGCAUGCGUACGUUCUCCGAUACGCGCCGUCGGGCCGCGACUCGCUCGUCCCCCACACGGACGACAGUGAAGUGACGGUGAACGUCGGGCUUGUCGCGCGGGAAUCAUUCGCGGGCGGCGACCUCCUGCUGGGCGGCGUGCGCGGCCAGCCGGAUUUGGAGGAAGACGUCGCGAUCACGCCGGAUUUAGGUGUGGCGACGUUCCACCUGGGCCGGCGGCUCCACGCCGUCGACAAGGUCUUGGAGGGGGAGAGGAGGGUGCUCAUCUGUUGGUGCCGCUCGAUGAACGGCGUGCGGUCGCGCGUCUGCCCGUGCUGCUGGAUGAACCGGCGGGACAACGGCGACGCGCGCGACUGCGUCUGCGGGGACGCGUGGAACUCGUAGAUCACGCCGUCGCCGCGAUUCUCUCAUCCCCGCGCCAUCGACGACGGUCUCCCUCCGUAUGAAUAAAUACCUG